UUGCACAAAUAGAACGUUCUUCGUUGUUCAUGAAGCAUCAGGAAAAAUUCACGACGUGCGCGUAUCUCAGAGUGUUUCGUUUCUAAACUAGAUUUACUAUUCUUUCAAUAAAAUAUUCUAUAUAGCAAGAAUAAUAUGUUAUCAGCAGCCAUAAUCUUGUUUGCAAAAUAAUAAGAAUUGAUUAGCAAAAUAAUAAGAAACAAAAAUGGGAGAGGAGCAAGUACAUGUGCAAGUGAAAGACAACUCGCCGUCGAUAGAGCGCAUCUUACGUCUAAUAUCGUACACUGCCUGGCUCCUGGGCGUCGGUAUUGUACAUCCGCGAAAGUGUCCAAAAGCUAUAAAGCUAAUCAUACGUAUAAUUCACAUAGCCCUGUGUUCUUGUAUCAUGAUACACGACAUACAGUUUUACGAUCCUUUUGUACAUUUUAAUAAACAUUUCAUAAGUUUAUACUGGUAUGUGUAUUAUCUAAAUAGGAUGAUGUGUUACAUAUCAGCCUAUUACUAUAUUUAUCACGGAAUCAGGCAGUACAACAAGUGGACAGAACUGAUGGAUAAAUUGAAGGAACUCGAUCGGAAGAUCAGGAAAGAAAUAUCUUUGAAUGACCGGUCCAUAAAAAUUAUUGAAGCGCUAGCUAUUUUGACGACGUUCACUUUCUGGCCUUUGAUGCUAAUUACUCAAGCUGUGUAUUACAAACUAUAUUCACAACAAAUAGAACUAUUCCCGUUUUACUAUAUAUUAGCGCAGUCGUUGAUUAACAAUUACGUCUGCGACGUUAUUGUCUAUGUAUUAUAUUGCAGAUUUCAAACAAUAAAUAAAUUAAUCGAUCAGUUGGAAAAAUUAUCCGAUGUGCAAUGGAUCGCGUUCAAGGUUAGACGCAUCAGAGAAAUGCAUGCCGACAUUUGUGAUCUCGUCAGAAUGGUAAACGAUAUUCACGGUCUUCAUCUUCUCUUCUGUUCCGGGAAUUGCUUCACCAUGGCUGUAGUUUCACUAUACCAUUUUUUCAUGGAUCCCCCAGUGGACCAGUGGUUAAGGCUGAUACAUUUUCUCUUAUGCAUUGUAUAUACCAUGCAAUUCUGGCUGAUUUGUUGGAUUUGCACACUCGCGUGUGAAGAAUCCAAGAAGACCGGGAAAAUCAUACACAAAAUUAUAUUGAAUUGCAAACCUGUGAAUCUUUACAAGCCCGAGGCGAGUAAUCAAUCGAGUCUAGAAAUGCGAUCUGCACUGGAAGACUUGAACAGCGAGCAGAAUUCUAAUUGUAGCAGCAGUCAUAAUUCGUAUGUCGUGGAAAUUUUUUUGCGCCAAAAAAUAAACCAAAAGUGUAUCACAAAAGAGGUCAAUGAUUUUUCGACUCAACUGCAGCAGAAUCGAGUAAUAUUUACGGCCUACGAUUUCUUCGAAAUAAACAAUGCUUCGUACGGUUGGUUUGUUGGGCUGAUCGUCACUUAUCUACUUUUAAUCCCACAAUUAUAUUCAUGAAUAUGUGCUGAAAUCCAUUUAUCAUAUAGACAGCAUUAUUGUAGGAGCGAGGUAGCGAUACAUAACGCUCAUCCAAUUGCGACUGAAAUAGGUUCGCGUUGUGGCUCCUCACUGAUAUAUAUUGAUUUAAUUAGUAAUUAAAGAAAUUUAAGAAAUUAGUCUGCGUAAGAAGAUAUUAAUCCGCGGAAAGAAUUUUACAUAUGGCUGUACGUGUCUCGUGUUUUCAAUCUCGUAGAUAUUACACAGCGCUGUCGAUUAUUCCAAUUGUGAUCACGAUGUAACAGAUGUAACUUUCUUAGAAAGAAUUUCUAAUAACAAGAGUAAAAAUAUUCCUGAUUUAUUCAAUCUAAUUGCAAUUUUAUAAAUUACUACUUAUUAAUACAAUAUUAAUAUGAAGUCUACAAUUCCAUUUCUCUUGUAUCGAAUUAAAUAAGAUUGACUUUAAUUGAUUUUGAGACUGUAAUAAUUAAUAUAAACAAUAUUGUAUUCUUACACUUAGAAUAAAAAUUUGCUGCAUGUUAUAACGUACAUUGAUAAAUCGUUAUGCAGUUCGGGACACCGCUGAUAUGGGAUCGUGCGGACGAUCUUUCGUAAGAAAGAUUCUCACCACGAUUGUUUGUUGUUUAUGCUUCAAUCUGUUUCGAUUUGGUUUACGCGUUCCAUUGUAUUCCUGUAUUAAUAAAGCUUUUUUGUAAGCAACAAAAGAGUGUCUCUUCAUUACGGGUGUAUGAGUGCCGGGAGUGGAU